UCCCGUGUGGUCCGUGCUCCCGUGCGGACUGGCUUCUUGCGUAAUCUGGACUUGGCGGCUCCUCCAAAGUGGAGUCUCGCAGCCACAGACGCUGAAAAACAGCCGGGAGUUCCGACGGGCUCGGAAAAUGAGAUCCGAAUAGUGGUCCCUUAGUUAGGCUUGGUGAAACUGUGACCGAGAGGCUAGUUUUCCCGAGGAAACAAACGGAAGAUGGCGAAGCUACUCAUAGUCGCCGCGCUGUUCUUGUGUCACGUCAAUUCGGUCCAUCUUCAAUUGACGGGGCCGGAAAUUGCCUGGCUCAGGGCUGAGACCCGCCAUUCAUCGCAGCAUUUCUGCAUGCUCUAUUAUCCUGAAUUUAGAAGACUACCUGGAUCACCGGCAUUGGCGGAUCCGAUCAAGCUUCUCAACGCCACAAAGUACGACGGCUGUUCCGAACUAGACUUUCGGUUUGAUCGGCAAGCGGCCCUGACUAACGCAACGAAUGCUUGCGCAGUCGAGAAGACGAUCGUCAAUUUCAAAAAAGCCAAUUUCGCAGCGCUCAUCAUGUCUGCCUCGAAGUCUUUCCUCGAGUCGAAUCAAUUCAACGUGAACGAGACUCGAGACAUCGAUCUGGUCGUGGGCUUCGUAUCAGAAUCGACGGCGAAUGCCUUGCAGAGUCUCCUCGCUACGGGCGAAGACGUCAAUAUCACGAUGUACACAGGCGACGAUGGGGUUUUCGACUUCUCCCUCGCCGCCAUCUGGGUCAUCGCUGUUUUCACGGUCGCGGUGGGCGCCUACUGGAGUGGUAAAGUUCGCCUCGAACUCUUCAUACUCGAGCAGCAUCAAAGAGGCCAGGACUGCCGCUUCCUGAAUGGCGGCAACGGUUUCCAGGAGAACAAAAUUUCCCAGAGCGGAUCCCUGCAGACUUACGCAGACGCCGUUCGACAACCGCCGCAGGAAGAAAGUUCACUCGAUGUCUCGCCUCUUCUCGUGUCUCUCUUCGUUGUGUGUAUGGGAGCGAUGCUCAUUUUGCUCUAUUUCUUCUUCCAGUAUCUCGUCUACUUCAUUAUCGGGAUGUUCGCCUUGGCCUCCGUCACAUCUCUCAUCGGAGUGCUGGAACCGUUCGUGGACCGGAUCCCCAUCGGGACGACCAAAAUACCUCGAAAACUCGUUCCAUGCUUCUACAGCAGCCUUCAAAUUCGUCACCUUUUCCUGAUUCUGUUUUCGAUCGGGGUCACAACUGCUUGGCUCGUAUUUCGUCUCGAACCCUGGUCCUGGGCUCUGCAGGAUCUGCUUGGCGUGGCGUUCUCGCUAAACAUGCUCCGGAGCCUUCGCCUUCCAAAUCUCCUCAUCUGUUCAGUGCUGUUGAUUUUGCUGUUUUUCUACGACAUCUUCUUCGUAUUCGUGACACCCUUCUUGACGAUGAAGGGUGAGAGCGUUAUGGUCGAGGUGGCCACAGGAACGGCCGAUACUCAGGAGCAGCUUCCCAUGGUACUACGCAUCCCCCACCUGGGUUUCGAACCGCUUCCCGCGUGUUUGUCCCGCUACUCUGUCCUCGGCUUCGGGGAUAUCCUGGUACCGGGACUCCUAGUGUCGUAUUGCCACGCCUUCGAUCUCCUUCACCAGACGCGGCCCGGCCGACUCUACUACACGGUAUCAACGAUCUGUUACGGAAUCGGUCUCAUGGUCACAUUCGUGGCGGUGUAUUUUAUGAGGACAGCUCAGCCCGCUCUACUCUACCUCGUGCCCUGCACCCUCCUCCCCGUUGUAUUGAUCGCUCUAUGUCGAGGCGAGCUCAAGGCAAUGUGGAAAGGAAACUUCCAUAACUCCCCAGUCAACGCCAACGGCAAUUCGCAACCUCAUCCUCUACCGAAUAAUUCCGUGUUGCCACCUUACGGGGCAACGGAAACCGAGCCAGCCCCCAUUUACCAAACGGACCCAGCUUUGAUCCACAACUAGGAGGGUCGUCAGGUGGAGACUUCGAUGGAUAGUCAGCCGGUCCGUUAGUUGAAUAAUAAUUAGUUAGUCGGUAGGUAGGUCGGUCGGUCACUUAACCACCCAUCUAAGUCAUGGAACCGUCAUCGUCAUUCGUUCAGGAUUUCACCCGCGAACGGGUCCGCUGAUCACCGCAGGAAUCGGCAGACAUCCACGCGAAACCACCCAGAGUCAUGCAGCUCACGCUUCCUGACCCCGUUGCACGAACGUCGAGUUUCGGUCGAUAUCGGAAGGGAAUACCUCAUUUCGUCGGGGUAUUUCUUCUUUUCUCUUUGUCCGAAAAGGCUCACAAGAACCGUAGCUUUGAGAGGCCGUCAGAGAUUGCAUAGGAGAACAAAUAAUGUAGACUUCUCAUCCGAAAAUCCUAUUCCCUGUCUUCUACCACUUCAUGGAUGAGGAGCGAGAGAAUCAACCCCCUUUCUCCUACCGACACGAAACAAGGGCAACGGGUCGGAACCAGUGGUGAUAUCUGUAGAAUCAAAUAGUUCUAGAUAAUAAUCGAGUUCGCGCGCUCGACGUAGAACUUUACCGAAUGUGGCGCGUUUGGAGUUUUCUUUUGAUGCUUGGUGAGAUGAGAAAUCUGAAGUGAAGAGAACGAGUCGAUCGAUCCAAGAGAUCGAUCCUAUUUACUGUAUAAAGCUGUCGAUUUCAAAUGACCGAAGUAUCCGAGGCAGUGGCUGCGCAGCUCCGUUGAGGAUAUGAAAAAGCGCAUGAUGAAUAAAUAACUGAUGCUUGGACAUCUCGUCGGAAAAUAGGACCUGGGAUGAGACAUUAGCGAGCCGAUGCCUCGAGCUGUCCAUUUUAAACUCUCGAUUAGAUAUUCUUCUGUAUAAUACGACUAAUCCAUCGAUCCUCUGGCCUCUCUGUCUGAAUGCGUCCCCUGUGAUCAGAGGAUGAUGAUACAAUACUUGCCGAGAAGAGGAAAUCUGAAUAAAACGAUAUUGAA